AUUCCCUGUCAAUACAUAAUCGUCGUUGUCGUCGAUGCAAUCAUUUUACGGCCUUUCGCAGUUUAAAAUUAAUGAUGGGAUGGCGAGCCUGCGGGAAGCAGACGAAGAACUUCAGUGACGAUGCCGAGUCGGCGGUGACCGACUGCGAACUUUCGUGCAUAAAUAUUUUCUUGCGAUCGUGAAUUUAAUGUAAAAUAUGAAUUGAAAUUUAUAGUGAAUUUGAACGAAAAAUCAAAAAAUGGCCAAAACUAAAACGAUAAGCAAAGGUUGCCCGAAAUGUGAAUUUCAGGUCCCUGUGGCCUGCAAGGCCUGUCCUUGUGGCCAUUCGUUUUUCAAUGCACGUCGGAACUCGAUUAAGAGUCCUCCAAGCCCUGAAGGAGGGGUAAUGAAAACUAGACGAACAAAUCGCGUUAAGCGCGAGAAACCUAAUUACUACGACGCUUUGGAAUACGAUAAGCAAACGAGGAAAAGUGCUAAGAUUAAGCGCGCCGCGGAAUUGGGAAACGAUAUAGACUGUAGGCAGCUCAAUAAAAAAAAGAAGAAACGGGGUAAAGGCAAGGGUAAAGGAGGUGGAAGCAGCGGAGCAGGAGAUGAUGACGAUGAACCAGAAGGUGUCAGUGCACUUUCACCUGAUAAGCAGCUCACUUGUUCCCUCAUUUUACAAGAGUUGAAUAGCAAAAUGAGUAUGGUUGCAUGGAAACCAUGAGAAAAUAUACGUGGCAUUUUUUAAAUGCGCUAACUUUCAAUGGAAAUACAGCGAUGUGACGCUGGGAGCAGUAUACGACGAUCUAGAAUUGGUAUUUUUUCGGUAUUCGUAUCUUGCAUUGGGCUGUUCAGCCUUAUACUAUAUAUGAGCAGUUACAUAAUUAAUGUAAUUAAUUUUCCUGGUAGACUGUAAACUAUUAAAUAUGACUUACAAAAUGUCCUUCUCUUUCAAUCCUGAAAAAGUUACGGACCAAGUAAAAAUACGCUGACAAAGUUUUGUAUCGUUAAAAUCAUCUAUAAUCACCAAUGAAUUUGAAAGUAAUCAAAAUAAACGCAAAUUGUUGAACUCUUACUCAUGAGUUGAUAAUGGACAGAAAAAAACGCAUGAUUAUUGUAAGUACGAUGCAGUAUAAUCACGCAUUUUCAAUGUUUGUCUAUCAUACUAUGAAUUAAAAGUUCGCAAUAAAAAUCUGAAAGACAUGCAUAAACACCGGUAAAAACUAUAAUAUUUAUUUGUUGAAAUAUGUAGCCAGUUUAUUAUAAUUUUGACGAUGCAAAUGUGUGUCUAAUCCAGAAAGUUCAUUUUGGAUUCAUUUUCAAAUUUACUACAUGCUGUGUGAUUUCAAAAUUGCGGCAAUAUCAAAUCUACUUUUGUCUUGUUUGUUACAAAAUAACUAUUAACUGUUUUCUUCUCACGAUAACAUUGUAAAUUCUCAUUGACGUACUGAAAUGUUAACACUAUCUUUAAAAAGUGAAUAUAUGACUAUUAAAUGAUGUAUUUAUGUACCCAGCCAACUGACUCGUGUACUUUGAUUUCCCCACGUUUAAGAAUGUACAUAGGUAUUUGUUUGUAGAGUUUGAACAAUUUUCAAAUAAGUUCUAUGUCAAGGACCAGAAGUACUACAAGAAUAUGAAUAAUUUAUUCUAUUUCUGUAAGGCAAACAAUGACAAACAUCGGUCAGCAUCUUUGAACCUCUGGUAGAUAUCAUUUGAUUUCUAUUGAUUUGAAAAAAGAUAUUAUGAAAUUUCACCGACAAAAUCUGUAAAAUAUUUCAGAACAACAAUUAUGUGACCAAGUACUUGUACGUAGGUUUUCUCCACACGGGUCAAUCCUAUCAUUCGCAAUAUUUCAGAGGAUUUAACUUCUAACAUUCUCGUACGUAUGAUUCGAUACCAAUUAUUUUCUCUAGACUAAAUGGAAGUACAUUAUGUAGAAUGCAAUCUAGUAUUCAAUUGAAAUUUAGUCAAACGUAGCUGCAUGAAAUUAAACAUAACAGUAAAUAUAUAUUUCAAAAACUUCCCGUGUAGUCAUCAUCUCUUACUAUAUUUGCAAGCAAAUACAAACUGUUUAUAGGCACAGCCAGAAUUAUGUUCGGGUAUGUGAACGUACUAUUCAAGCCAACACAUUUCAGUAAAAUCAAAGAAAUACAAUGCUGUACUAAAUUACAAUCCGUAAUCUUUGUUCAUUAUUAUUAUUAUCAUUAGACGAAAGGCGGUCUCUCGAAACUGUUGCUUUUGUUUUUUGUUUUUUUACCUACAGUCACAAGUUUUGUUUUUAUACAAGUGAGAGCGGCAAUAGUAAAUACAAAGCCUGUAUGGCAAUUCGUCGUAUAUUAUUUUCAUCGUUUUGCUCAAGUAUGAUUAAUCUACAAAAAUUUGAAUAGGUAUUGUUGUUAAUAUUUGAUACCUUGGCAUGCGAAGAAUAAUAAUAAAGAUACGAACGUGCUGAAUUAUACAUACACACCCCCAUCCAUUAUACAUCCAUACAUAUACUACACUUAAACUGACUGAUAAUUAUACCAGCGCUGAUCAUCACCUAAUCAUAUAACAUAAUUCGUGCUGUAACAUCUCGAUUAUGUAAGUGUACGAAGUAUUUGGCUUUUUAGAAAAUUAGUUUUAUUAUAAAAAUUGUAGUUAAAUAGUCAUUAUAGUGAAUACUUCCCUAUCGAAGUUAUGACAGAAUGUCAUUGAAAUUUAUUGAAUCUCAAAUCAUAGACUGUCUAUGCCUUUUUGCAGAGAUCGAAAUAUAGAGAAUACAUCUCUCGUAUGUAUAUACAUUAUACAUAAACAUCAUCGUUAUACCCCUUAUACCUACACGAUGGUAUACACAUGUACUGACACCUAUUCAACGUAUUCUAAAUACGUUUCUUAAAUGUAUAUAAUACUUUCUAUAUAAAAACUUCAGUGGAGUUUAUCAUUAUUAUAAGUAAUUUACAGGCACCGUAUAUGUAUGUAUAUGUAAUUUAUAAUACCUAUACUGAAUUUUUAAAUAUAUACAUGAAUUAUAUAGUUUGCGGAAAAGUAGUAAUUAAAAUUACCGAUAUUUUCUCGCAACAUUAUACUUUCGUACUGUGCUGUAUAAUUAGAUGUUUGAUUAAUUGUGAGAUGCGAUUACUUACAGUGAAUAUAGAAGGUAAGAGAAAGUAUAAUAAUAAAAUCAGGAUCGCACAAGUUUAAGCAUGACUAAACUUAUUGCAAGUGAGAUUAGCCACGUGUAUACUAUAUCCAAAAUGAACACUGCUUAUUACAACUAAUAUACCUAUUAUAAUAUGAUUUGUUUAAUGAUUUGGCGUCCACAUGACAUUAUAUUAUAGAGGCAAUUAUGAUUUGGCGAUAUAAGUGUCAGACAUUUUAUACGCGAUACAUAUAUAAUGUAUAUGUAUAUUAUGGUAGCGAUUUAAUUAAUCUACUUGAAUGAUCCGAUGACGAUCGCGUUUAAUGCGUGCUGAAGUUGUCUUAGAAAUUGACAUAUAAAAUAUAAUUUUAGUCCACUACUGACAGUGCGAUUGUAGUCAUACGAUGAUAAGGAUAAUUGUUAAAGAUGUAAUAGAUGAUAUACAUAUAGUAGGUCGCACUAAAUCACAGAGUUUGCAAACUCACUCUUAUCAUAUCACUUGCGUAACUUUCGUACCACCAUUAUAAUAUAUGGUA